AGGAGUAAACAGAAAGAUAAUGCUUACCGUACAUAAAAAGCAAAUGGAGAGAUUGACUCUCACUCACUGUGUUCCUGAGCCUUAUCAAAGCACUCCUCUUUUUCAUAUCCAUUAACAGUGAGAAGAAAAGAAGAAAAAUGUUACAAGCUUUAACCGGACUCCAAUUUCAACUGAAAGAACAAUUAGGAGAAAAGAAGAGAGGACUUCAAUUCACCCAGGAAGCCAGGGCCCAGCAUACACAGUUCCACAUGCAAUUUUCAUACAAACCAAUGUUUCAGAGACUUUUCCCAGUAAGACCAGAAAUUUCUUCAAGUCAAUUAUCAUCCAUUCCUAAGGUCCCCGCACACCUGGAAAGUUCUGCGAGAACUCAGCUACCGAAAGUCCAGAGACAGCAAGUAAAACCCUUCAUGACCCUCGAUCACCAGAUCAUCAACCAGACUCUUAAGCGGUCCUACCCUCCGACUCCAAGCAGUGAGCUUCCACUGCAGUAUGGACACCCAUCUCCUGACGGUGAUGAAGGCCUCCCGGGAAAUCCGCUCACCACAUUGCUGACUCUUGGGAAAGAAGAUGACACUGUGGAAUGGCAUAUGGAGGACGUUAUAGAGGAUAUAAUCGGUAUGGAAUCAAGUUUUAAAGAGGAAGGAACAGACUCUCCUCUGCUAAUGCAAAGAACAUUAUCUGGAAGUAUUUUGGAUGUGUAUAAUAGUGAGCAGGAAAUUUCACCAGUUAACAUGGGCCUUGCAAGUGCUUCCUGUCCAAGUGCUCUACCAACAAAACAAGAAAUUACAGAAACUGAUACUCGAGCUUUGGCAAAAGAGAGACAGAAAAAGGACAACCACAACCUCAUUGAAAGAAGAAGAAGGUAUAACAUUAAUUACCGAAUCAAGGAGCUUGGGACUCUUAUUCCAAAGUCUAAUGAUCCUGAUAUGCGCUGGAACAAAGGAACAAUUCUAAAAGCAUCAGUGGAGUACAUCAAGUGGCUACAAAAAGAACAACAGAGAGCCCGAGAAUUAGAACACAGACAGAAGAAAUUAGAGCAGGCUAACAGGCGGCUUCGACUCAGGAUUCAGGAACUAGAAAUACAGGCUCGUGCUCACGGUCUGCCAACCUUAGCUUCACUUGGCACGGCUGAUUUAGGUGCUCAUGUCACCAAACCACCGACCCAUCUUGAGCAGAAUUCAGUGGACUAUUGCCAACAACUGACUCUGUCUCAGGGAACAAGCCCUGAGCUCUGUGAUCAAGCGAUGGCCUUCUCUGAUCCUUUGUCACACUUCACAGAUUUAUCAUUUAGUGCUGCUUUGAAAGAGGAACAAAGAUUGGAUGACAUGCUACUGGAUGACACAAUAUCUCCUUUUGGAACAGAUCCUCUGCUAUCUGCCACUUCCCCUGCAGUUUCCAAAGAGAGCAGUAGGAGAAGUAGUUUUAGCUCAGAUGAUGGUGAUGAGUUAUAAAAAAUAAACUCGCUCAAUUCAUCAACUAGGAACCAAUUCUAUGCUGGUGCUAUGCAGUUAUAUUAUGUGUUUUAUGUAUUGCUUUGGCUUCAUUUUUCUGGAAAGAAUAUAUUCAUAAAAAACCAAAUUGAUUAAAAACAACAGAAGAAUUAAUUCACAGGAAGAAGAAAUAUGGUGUUGAAGAAUUAUUGAGGGCUAAAAACAUUUUUUUCCUCUUUGACUACAGAGUUCAGAUCUACUUAAGUUUGGUUUCCUAGAAAGAGGUACAAACAUAAGAAAUGGCUCUUCACUUGAUGAUGUAUUAUUGGAACUAUUGCAAAGAGUAAACCUACUGAAAUCUAGAAACCUUUUCUUAGUUAUUCACUUCCAUCUCCUUCCUAUUCAACUCUUAAAACAUUACUUUUCCAGAAUUAAUAUCAACACAUCUGAUGGUUCAUUUCUCCACUUUCUCCACUGCCUGGUGGCCAUGUUGUCUGAAGUUCAAUUUUAUAUGGGGAAAUAAUAAAAGGAUAGGUUAUCUGUCACUUGUAAUUGAAAAGUGAAUCUACAAUAAAGAUUAAAAAUUUCCACAAUAAGAUAUAUGAAAUUUAUUAAAAAUUUUGAUUUCUAAAACUAGACUCCGAUUUCUUUAGUCAGUUUAAUUACACAAAUUCUAAAAGCAUCUUUAUAUAUUUAUGAACACAUGCUCUGUUCAGAAAAAGGAACACAUUGAAUAUUUUCCUCAAGAAUAUGGACUAGAAUUUUAAACAUACCCCUACACACAUGCACACAAUGCAGGUAGAAUGUGUUCUUUUUUCUAAUUCCUUGACUCUUCUGAUUUUCUAUUCUGCAUCAGAAAUCACAUUCCAAAUUCUCUUUCUUCAUCAAGAUGUGAUGUUAGAUAAUCAAGGUAAGCAAAUUAACUAUAAAAUAACCUGCUAGGACAAUUGGUCAGGUUUUUAAAAACUGUGUACAAUAUUGGAUGUCAAUUAAUUAGUUAUUGAAAUAGUUUUGCUCCAACUUGACAGAAUAUUGAAAAUUGGACUGCCAACUGACAAAACAAUUCAUAAAACAGAAACUUUUAUUACAUUCAGCUCUGAGUUAAAAUUCUCUUCCCAUAAGUGCUUAGAGUACACUACGAUUUUUUUGUUGGCUUUGUUAGCAUUUAUUAAAAAUAUUUAUAUUUAUGGUACUUCACUCAAAUUUUCUCUUUUGAGCUUGUUUUAGGAUUGGGAGUUGCUCUCUGCUGGCUCUCCAUGAGUGGUCCUUUCAUCAAUGAGUAUUUAUGGAGCGAUAUUCAAAAUUGCCGUAGGUCUUGUGAAAAUGUCAAACAAACAAGCCAGAUAUGGUCUUACUCCUUGGGGAGUUAACAAGACUACAUGAGAAACAAAGCAAAAGAUAAAAACCAUAUAGAAUUAAAGUCUAUGUGCAGCAACAUAAGGUAUAAAUACAGAAAAUCAGAGAAAAUGAAAAUGCACGAGGUUUGGAGAAUCACAAAAAUCUAUAGGAAGAGCAGAAUUUGACUUCUUUGACAAUUUUAAAUUGGGUGAAAGGAAUGGAAGAUAGAGGAAUAAUAUCAACUAAAUGAUAAAAACGAGAAUAAGUUGGGACAUGUCUUAAUGGGACGUUCAUUAGAAAUAGAACAUUCAUCUGGCAGUCCUGGAAGAUGCCUGUUGGGGAGUUCUGGAAAAUAAUAUUGGCAACAGGCUGUGAAAGCCCUUGAACACUAGGAUGAAAUGACAUAGUAGAAAUAGAAUGUUUUAUUAGGAGAGAGAAGCCUAAAAGUUAAAAUGCUUCUGUAUAUUACUAACAUUACUGAGACAUAAUUUUUAAUGAAUAUUAACUUGGUGAUAAAUUUUUCAGAGUGUUUUAAGUAUUACUCAUAUGGAAAAUACAUCAUCACAAAAUAUGAGACUAAUGCUGAUGAAAGUGGGAAAAUACUCAAUUUUUAUGGUAUAAUAAUUCUCUCAGGCUUAGCUUAUAGCCUUAGCUUGGAGUUUGGAGAAUUAAAAUAAUUUUCAUUGUUUGACAUGGAAAAAAUAAUUCUUAAUUUAUAGGAAUAGUCAUUAAAACCAGAUAGAUAAAUUCACCUGUAAUAUGUCAUGUGUAAAAGAGCAAUAAGAUAUACUUCCUCAAGAAUUUUCAGGAGAACAUUAUAUACGUUUAACUUUCUAGAAAAAUUCCACUUUACUACCUGAGUUGACAAUUUAACUUAACAUUACAAAUUAUAGAGCAGGAAUGUAAUUUUGGAUCUAUGAAAAACACAUCAUUCUGGGUAGGGGCUAAUUUCAGUUUUCAUAUUAUCAAUUCUCUUUUCUUCAUAUGCUGAGAGGACUUGCACUGAUGAUGUCAUUACUCUGUCUUCAUUUUCCACUCUGUUAAAAUAUUACAAUCCAGGUCUGAAACCCGUUCCUUAUAUUCUUAGCUAAUUGUAAGAACUUGACAUAGGAUGGUAGAGUCGGGACAAAAGAGAUCUAGAAAGGGAACUAAGUAUUUCUUGUUAUUCUCAUAAUAGUUAUAAGGGGAUUGUAUUAGGUUGGUGCAAAAGUGAUUGCAUUUUGCAAUUGUUUUUAACAUUUUAAAAUGCAAUUACUUUUGCACCAACCUAAUAAAAUUGGUCAUAAAUUUUUAAAGAGUAAAGAGUGGUGCUGUGUCACAAAAGUUACAGACCCUCUCCCCAGAAAAAUACAGAAUUGUAUAUACAGUCAAAAACUUGUAUGCACCAAGAGGUGUCAGGGACUUCCUGAAUAUCUCCUUGGAUCCCAGGUGAAGAAUUCCUGCAUCGGGUCUGUUACUUUAAUAGAUAGAAUUGUA